AUUUAGUUACUGUUAUGCCAGCAUAUCCUCUCAGGCACACGGAGAGAGGUCACAGAUCCUUGGGCACCGGAUUUUGUACCAUAAGAAACUCGUCAACUAAAUAAUGGCUCAGCUCUCUCACGUUCCAAAGUUUGGCAAUUGGGACAAUGACAACGUUCCAUACACGGCAUAUUUUGAGCAUGCACGCAAAGAAAAAAGUGGGACGAUGGUGAACCCUAAUGACCCAAUGAAAAAUCCAGAGGCCUUCAACACGUGGACGAGAGUUGGGGAAAAUGUUGAUGCUGAUGAAGUGAUGGGUUCUCAUUCUCAUCAUAGCUACUCCCACAGCGUAAGUUCUUUGGAAAGUGGAAACCACACUCAUCGUCAUCAUGUGCAUCACAGAAGCAGGGGCAGUCAAGGUAGCUUCACAGCAGAGUUUGCGAGUGAACAGAGUCAUUUUGAUCACAAGAGGAGCAUCACCAAAGGAGGCACUAGCAUUAAGCGCUUCUCUUCCCCAAGUCAUAAUGGACACAAGAGUAAAAGCUCUUCCUUUAAUGACCAAGCGCACCAUCAUGCAGCAGCAAUACCCAAAUUUGGGACUUGGGAUGUGACAAACCCACAAUCAGGAGAGGGUUAUACUGCUAUAUUCACCAAAAUAAAAGAAGAAAAGCAAACUACGUCCAGGCAAUACCCCAGCAUAAGCCAUACCCCACCACUUAACAACUGUUCAAAUAUUAAGAAUCAAAAUGCUGUACCUUCCUCUUCCUUAUCCAAGUACUGUUGCUGUUUGUUUCCUGGUGAAAGCAAAUGAAAGCAGAAUCUAAUAAUGUUUGCACCACUUAAAUGUUUCUAUUUAUUCGGAAUAUUUAUCGUAUAUUCUUCACAAACUGUUCUAGCUAGUUUCAUUUACUUGAGCUUUUAUUGUCAUUAAUUCUAAUGCACAUUAUUUGUCGAUGUCGCAACUAAAGACAGCUUGGACAAACUUCUAUGAGGU